AUGACUCUCUCACCGCGGGUUAUCCAGCUGUCCUCCACCUCCCUCGCUGUGGUUCUGACGCGCGAUGAAGAGAGCUUGCCUGUGCGCAAUGAACCGUUCACAGGGCAGGAGAUAUUCGCGGAGUUCAAAAGCCAGAACUUAUGCAGUUUUUGGAAUAAACGACUGGUGAAAGCUGUCUCCGAGGUGCACUUCCAGGGAUGGAUGGAAAACUUGGUGCUGUUCAUUCAAGGAAACGCCAAUAACCUGGAGGUGGUGAGGGAAGCGUGGAUGCGCCGUGCUCUGAGGUCGCCAAAGGGGUUCCUCAUCAAAGCAGUGGGCGAUCUGUCCCCAGUGCAGAUGUCCCCUGUCCCUCAAUCCCAGUUCAUCCCUCUGGCUGAGGUUCUGUGCUCCGUCAUCUCCGACAUGAACGCCAACGAAAUCACUGUGAACCAAGACGCUCUAAUCAAUUAUAUGAGCAAGACCUAUCCAGGAAUCACCAUCCCGACACAAGACAUCCUCUAUAAUGCUUUGGGAAAUCUGAUAAAGGAGCGCAAGAUUUACCACACUGGAGAGGGGUAUUUUAUUGUUACCCCACAAACCUACUUCAUCACCAACAACAUGGUCCGGGAGAAAAAUUGGUGGCCGUCUGGCUCUGCCGAUGACCAUCCCUCACCUCUGAACAUAACUUAUCUUCUAGGCAACAACGUCUGCAUGGAAACUCCCCACAUACCUCCACUGGUGCAUUGCAAGUCAUGCAGCUGCUUUAGCCCCGUCCCAGUGGUCAAUAAUAUGGUCUCUACACCUAUAUCUGGAAACCUCCCUUCUUCCACAGUCCCAGAACAGCAUUCCAUAACAGUAUCAGUGAGCGAAUGCACAGCUAAGAGCUUAAAAUGGCCACGUCCUCUGGAUCUAAAACCCGCUGUUCAACACCAGUCCACUUCCACUACAGCAGAUUGUCAAGGAAGCGAGGCCAGCAAAACUACAGCCACUACAAACGCCACUGGUCGCAAAGAGAAAGACGGCAAACCGGCAAGGAAAUUUGGACUAAGUUUGUUCAGGAGGAACGUAAACAAAAAGGACAAACCAAAGAAAGAUUAUGUGACGUUUUCGGGGCAGUUUCCACCAAAGGAGUGGCCGGUGCGGGAUGAAGAUGACCUCAACAAUCUGCCUCGCGAUCUAGAGCAUGCCAUAAUUAAAAGGAUUAACCCUGAACUCACUGUGGACAAUCUGACCCGUCACACUGUCCUGAUGAAGAAUCUCCAAGCCAAGGCAUCAUCAUUCAGCCAAGGCAUCUGGAGGGAGACGUUCUCUCCCCAAAGCUACUCGCAGCAGGAGAAGGACACAUUCUUCAAGAGAAAAAAGGGAAAAGCACAUCGCCGUGACCCAAGUCGAAGGCACAGCGAGAGACUGGGAAAAGAUGAACACAGUGAAGCAAGCUUCAAUCUGGACUUCCCGGACGCUCAAGAGGUUGCAGACUGUAGUAUCUUUGACUACUGCCAGACCAGUGAGGUGGAGUCCGAUUCAGAGACCGUUCGCAAGUCUACCGAUGAGGGUGACAGUGAAUGUGCUCAAUGGACCAUGGAUAUGGAAGGACAAAAGGAUCACUUUGAGACUCUUACUGAAAGAAAACAACUUUCCACUCACAAAAGUGAGCUGAGUAUCCGAAGUGGAGCCAUUGCAGAGGUUUGUGAACCAGUGGAAAUGAUCGAGAACCAGAGCAUGACAGGAGACAGUGGGAUUGACUCGCCUCGAACUCGAGUCAGUCUGGCUUCAAACAACAAAGGGAUUCUGGAGGGUCUGAACCGAAGAGGAUUUCUACAAAACUUAGAGAAACUUCACAUCAAAAGCACCAGCAUCCACCCACAGAACUCACUCCUGCAGUUAACGCCAGUUAUGAAUGUAUAG